UCGCCUUCACCGCCAAUUCGCCCAAUACACCCCUCCGGCACCGGUAACACCCUCUAGGAAAAACUAUUUCAUCCAAUCCAAUGGAUAUCUAUCGGUGUACUAUAGUUCUCUAAAUGUAUAUAGGUUGGUGACUUAACCAAACAAAGUUUAUAUUGCCACAAAUUAAUAAUAAUUAGAGUUUUUUUAGAAUUUGACAUAGUGGAUUAAUGUAAAUUAUACUCUAUCCAUGCGGAGAUUUUUAGCACCUCUGGAUAUCAUCUAAAUAUGAAAGUGACGAGUGUAACAGCUCCCCUAAUGGAAUAUAUUCUGAAUUAACACUCAUAUAUAUAUCCAGUUUUUUAAAGUAAUUUUGACUGACUUGCUCUUGUAAAGUAAGUCCACGUGUUGUGAUGUAAGCUUGGUACAUUACAUGUCUGAACGGGAAAAUAUUUGGUGGAAUUUUUCGCCCACUGUUGCUUAAGCAGUGUCGAUUCUGAGAAGAUUCUACUCAGGUUUACCUCAAGAGCUCAUUGAUUCAGAAUGUCCCGUCAAGGCAAAGGUCCAACUCCUCCAAAUCCAACCGUUCCAGGACCUGUAGCUCAGCAAGCUCAACAAUAUCUGGAACAAAACAUUAUGGCCUGGAUGCAACCGAAACCUCAAGGACAACAAAUUUUGUCUUCAACUCUGUCGUCAUUCGUGACAACAGGGGCAUCAGGCACUCAAACACCUAUGAGUCAGAAAGCUCUCCAAGAACACAAUUUGACUCAAACACAUGGUGGCUCGAGACAUCAACUACCCAUGACGAGUCCAUAUUCCCCUAUCGGUGGAGCGACGAGCAGUGGUAGCUAUGCAUCCCCUAGUGUGGCUGGAACGUCCUGUAUGGGAAUGCCACCCAGCUGCUCUUCGAUACCCCACUCUCUUUCGUUCUCUGGGUAUUCUCACCACUCUCUGCUGCAGGGGACAUCAUUCAGUUCACCAUGUCCAAGCACAUUUGGUUCAGCUCAGCCAUCGGCAGCAGCUUCCUUUUUUGCAAGGGCCGCUCAGCGGUUGAACUUGUCAUCCAAGAAAAGGCGACGUCAACAUCAUCACCCAGACUCAGAACCUCCACCGUUCCUGACGAAUUUCGCCGAGAUUUUACGGGUCUCUCCCCCACCUGUACCACCCUCUCUCCUUCGCUCAGUUGGUAAGAAGGAGAACUUCUCUAUCGGGAAGGUGAAGGUGAUGCUUCGAAUCAAAGGUGAUUCCGAAGAACUGAAUUCUUCUUUCUUGAACAUCGACGCACGUAAGAAACAGAUCACGGUGUAUGAUCUCUCUGCGAGUGAUCAAUCGUCGCCAGCAGAAAGAAGAACGGGAGUUUCCGCGCCAAAAAUGUUCGCCUUUGACGCCAUUUUUUCUCCAGAUGACGCUCAAGCUGAGGUUUGCUCUAGUUCUUUACCUGAUGUAAUCCAAGCCGUCGUUGGCGGAACAGAUGGAUGUUUAUUCGUUUAUGGCCAAUCGAAACUUGGCAAAACCCAUACAAUGGUUGGGAAAAGUGACUCGCCUCAAGAUCUGGGUGUGAUGCCCUGCGCCAUUUCUUGGCUCUUUCGCCUCAUUUACGAGCAAAGACAAAAGACUGGAGCCCGCUUUUCUGUUCGAGUCUCCGCGCUCGAGCUGUCAGGAAGAAGCGAAACACUCCGGGACCUACUGUCCGAAUAUGCAGCAGGUACAGAGGGUAGCGGAACAUCCCCAGGUGUGUACUUAAGGGAUGAUCCCAUCUUUGGGGCUCAACUCAUCAACCAAAGCGAGCUAAGAGCCCCAACCGCAGAGAAAGCCGCUUACCUUCUGGACGCGGCUUUGGCUGCUAGAAAUAGAGAUGGCGAUGAUGAAGGUAGAAAUUCGCAUUUCCUUUUCACAUUGCACCUCUAUCAGUACAGAGUGGAGAGAGGAGGCAAAGGAGGAGUGGCGGGCGGUCGAAGCCGUCUCCAUCUUUUCGAUCUGGGCAGUUGCGAUAAGAUCUCCACCAAACCUCGAGACGGAGGAUGCUUGUCUUUAUCAGCUUUAGGAAAUGUUAUCCUGGCCCUCUUCAAUGGACAGAAACAUGUGCCUUAUAAGGAAAGCAAACUGACGCAGUUGCUUAAAGAAGCGAUGAGCUCUCUGACGUGUCGAGUGGCCAUGAUAGCUCAUAUUUCAUCCCAGCCAAGUCACUACUCGGAAAUAUUGGGCACCAUCCAGCUCGCCUCUCGAGUGCACAGAAUGAGGAGAAAGAAAAUAAAGUAUCCCAAUGUACUCAUGGACACUGAUGAAAAAGGAUGUGUCCGUCCUUACGUCCGCAUGCAUGCAGAAGAUAAUGUUAAAUCGGGGAGUAGCGAUCCUGAUUACACGUCCAGCAGCGAGCAGUCAUGUGACACUGUCAUUUACGUGGGCAACCUCACGCACAAUGAGAGAGACUUUACCGACAAUGAAGGACCUCCAACUUCAUUACCCAUAGUUCCUAAAUUAAAACAAUCUCAAAACAAAUCCACGCAUGGGACAGACGCCCCUUCAUCUUUAGAAAGGAAGCGACAUAACUCAAUAAGUAAAACACAAUCCGGUGCCGAUGAUCAACGAAAAUCGGAAGAUAAAUCGUCCAACAUCGCUCAUACCUCAACAGCAGACUCCAGUGGUCAUCAUCCGAGUACGAGUAAGGCGACUAAAAGUGAAAAAAUGCAACAGAGCUCUAAAAAUUCCCCUCUGUCUUCACGUCAUCAGCCGGCCAGCACUCAAACACAAGGAGCUGAAAAUGCGAUUCACGGUACUAAAUCCGCUCAAAGUUCCACUGCUCACACACAGAGAAAAUCAAAACAUAGGUCUUCACAGAAACAAGAUCAAGGAACAGGGAUCGAACAACCUACAUCAAGUAGUAAAAUACAAUUACCAACAAAACCAUCAAAAAUGCAGAGUGACGAAACGUGGAUUGAUGGUCCUCGUUUCACGAAACCAAAGUUCGAUUCUAAGACACUUCAUCAAUUACAGAAAGAACAAUGGGUUGAUGGUCCUCCAAAUAUAUAUGGUUUUAUGGAUCAUCAUAAGCAGAAUAUGAUUCAACGAUGGAUCGAAGAACACUCGCAGCAAAUCCAAAGUUCAUCUAAGAGGAAGAAUGAAGUUUGGAUAGAUUAUCCCUCAAAUAACACAGAAAAGGGUAGUGAAACACAAAGGAGUACAGUAGAUGUAUCUGGCGCUACACUAGAAAAGGAAGAAAAGUCUUCACCAAAGGUAAAAAGAUCGUCUAAACAUGGAACAACAGCUCCUAAAACUGAAAUGGUAAGAACUAUAUCCUCCACUGAUAUCAAUUUGCUUCCACAAGAAGAAGAAACUAUAGAUGAGGCAGACAGUGCCAGUAACUCUGCAGAUGUUGAUGAGACAGAUAAUGAGGAAAAUGCAGAGGCAAGUGGAUAUGAUUCAGAUUUACAUAUUUUACAAAUAUCUCAAAAUGGGGUAGAAAAUCAAUCCCUGCAUCCAUCUAUUUCUGCGAGUACGUUUCAGGCUAGCUUGCCUGAUGAUUACGUAGAAACAAUCGAAGUCUAUGAGCCUGAAGAAUCGGUUCCUAUGGUAGAUUCAUGUCUUCAGGUUACAGAAGAAGACAUUCUCGCAGAAUACUGGUUGCAACGUAGGCAUAAGUCGUCGGAAAAUCCUCUGCCAGAAGUGGAUCAAAGCAGUUGUGGUAGCAAUGAACAUCCUUUAAGAAUUCUAAGUGAAGAAGACCUUAACCUCCCCUCUUCCUUCACUGAUUCCAGGUCCGUUAGUGUUGAUUUAGACAGCAUCAGUGUGCCUGAUACUCGUGAAGGUUUAAGAGAUAGAGGAGCAGUUACAUGGCGUCUUCUAUAUGGUAAUAUGUUUCAAAGAAUUAAAGAACAGCAACAGAAACAACGCAGGACGGCAGAUGAUUUAGCUACCGUAAAAAAUAAUGAAGUUGAUGAUAAAUUAGAACGAAUAUCUAAAUUAAGAGACUUAAUUCAACCCUUAACCAGGCAUCGAAGUCAAACCAAAGUCGAAUCAAUAUUUAAAACAUGUCCAAUUAGCAGAUCAGGUUCCCGAUAUACAAUGCCUGAAAUUUUAGGAGGCAGUAGAGAUUCUAGUAUGGAAGAUUUAUCAGCAGCAGAAGUUACAAGUACUCAGAGUGAGCCAGCAGAUCUAGAUCUCGAUAAAUAUGACUAUAAAUUAAAUAUCAAACCAAUGAAUGGACUGAAACUUGAAGAAUUUUAUAAGAAAAUACAAAAAGUGCCACCCUUUUUAGAGCAAUAUUCCUCAUUAAAACCUACACAAAUUGUGCCUCCUUUGACUUAUGAACAAGAGAAUCUAUAUUUAGUUAACAAAUUAGAAAAUCAGAGAUCCGAGAGUGCUACUUUUAUUAACAAUAGCGGUUACAAGCAAUUUUCUAACUCUUCCUAUUUGAAAACUUCUGUUGACGAAAACAUUAACGAUGAAGAUCAUAUACAAUCUACAUAUUGCCGAACUCAAACAAAUUCUACAACAUUACUUCAUAAGCCUUCAUCAACAAGCAAUCUACAGCGAGAAUCAGCCAAAUUUAGUUCAUCCGAAAAUACCCUUCCCACAAAAAUUAGCAGAACAGCUACCGACUUAGGUUCAGAGCUUGAAAGAAGGUCUACGGAAAAAAGAGACCUUAAAAAAUCUACGGACACUAGUGAUAGUAUUAAACGUGGUGAAUCAAAGCAAGCUUCUAGAACAUCGAGCAACAAAACUAUUGAUACUACCAUGCUAACAGUAGGACAGUCUCCCAGUAUUAGCCCCAAAUCUAGACUUCACAGAGGUAAAAUAAAAAAUGGUGAUGGGCAAAGCGUACAUUCACAACAACCUUUAACGCAAUCUUCAUCUUCUUCUUUGUGGAGUAGAGAAUCUUCAAUUUCCUCUUCUACAUCAAAAAUGCCACACAGAUCAGGAACACAUCUAAAUAACUCUAGCCGAAGUCCAGGUAACAAAAACCACAUUAGCAAUGGGAAUGUUCCCAAUGGAAAUAGCAGUAAAACAACAAGGACAAUGAACAGUAAUGCAUGCAAACUUCCAACGCGAUCGAGUCCAACCAGCAGCAGUACGUCAGGAGUAACAACAAUGUGUUGUGCCGGCACAAAAUCUAAAGAUAAAACCCCAUCCAAAACUAAACCAGUACCAAGCCAUUCGAAGCAAAAGCAAUCAGCACAAGACAGUAGAAAGUCACAGAGGACUAAAAGCAUCUGUCGAAGUACAAGUUCUCCAAGUACCUGUGUGGAUAGUGGUGACACUGCGAUCACGGACUUUACAGACAGCGAGCACUACCAUGCAGUUCGCCAUGCUAGUGUUUCUGGAGCUCUAGCAUCGCCCUAUCAUAAAGUCCCGCAUGUCCAUGUGAGUCACCAUCAUCAUCACCAUCACAAGAGGACAAGCAGUGGUCAUGGCAGUGAAAGUAGUGUGAAUAGCAGUGAACCUCGAGAAGCCAAAGAACUACUCUUAAAAGGGGCCAAAACACAACAAUUCUCUGGGACCAGCAGUGGCUACGAGAGCAUGUUGAGGGACAGCGAAGGCACACCCCUAUCAUCCAGCCAAGAAUCAGGCAAUGAGGAUUCUAUGGAAAAGGGUGAAAGAGGUAGAAAGGGUAGAAGAAGAUCGAACGGUUCCAGCAAACGCAGUUCAUCAGCGCCUGCGCGAAGUCCUCCAUCACCAUUAGGUCCAUCCCCAGCGACAGCCAUCAGUCAGCAGCCUUUACCCAAUAGAAGAUCCUGUCGACGUGGAGAGAGAGCCCUGCACAGGUCAGACGAGGAAGUGUGCUGCACCAGCUUACUCUGCUGUCGCCUCCUAGAUUUCUACUGAACAAAAUAGAGGGCAGUUCUCUCAAAAUAUUCACCAUUAGUGCCAACCUCAAAUUUCCGCUCCAAAAUACAGUUAUCUACGUGUCUCUCUAAAACAGUGUAAAACCUAUAAAAAAAUUAUAAGACAUUUUAAAAACAAUUUGCAAGCAUCAAAAGCGAAGUUUCGAAGAAUGUUUGUAUAAUAUAUAUGAUAAACAAUUUUGUAUUUAAAGUCCUCCUGCUGUAAGUGAGAAAUAUUGAAUUUGUUUAUUGAUUUGUAAUAAUAAUAAAUUAAAGAAAUAUUUAACAGUA